UUUUGUGUUCCGUCAAAACGAGUACGACGGCGAACAGUCAUCAUCGCUGCGGCUGGGGCUGCAUGAAUGGAGCCUCUUCUAUCAUACAACUAGCAGAGAAAGAAGAAAAAAGAAUAAUCACCUCGCUGUGGAGUAAAAAGUGUGUCAACUGCGAUUCGUUUCAAGCAAAUUCACUUACCAAUCUGUAGAUUCUGGAGUCCUCUUUUAGUUACAUGAAAAACCGAGUGAUGAUUGUGCGGUGGUUCGAACGGAAAUAGUCUUCGAGUGUCUACCAAGGGACGGUCCGAAAUUUUGGAUAUAGAUAGCUAGUGUUUUUUCUUCCACAUAACAAGCCGCCCCCGGAAAGCAAGAAGAGCUGCUCCAAUUGAAUAGUGCGUGUGAAAGAGUGUGAUAGUGCCGUGUCGGAGAAUAGCGCUGCGUGUUGGGAUGUUUUAUAUGUUUGGCAGAUUUUUUCCGCUGUUCAAUUUGGUGUCGGUGUCCCCAAAAAUAAUUCGAUCGUAAUAGUGUUCGUUCGGCUGGAGUUUACCCGUUGUAGCGUCAUACACAGCCAGCAUAUAUUUCCGAAGGAAUAGCUGAAUGAAAAAUACUGAUCCAAAAUGAUUUUGCUUGAGAUCAACAACCGGAUUGUGGAGGAAACACUUACUGUCAAGUACAAGAAUGCUAUCGCUGGCAACAAAGCGGAAUCCAUCGAUGUCACUGUGGCAGACUUUGACGGUGUGCUGUUUCACAUCUCCAACAUCAACGGAGACAAAACUAAAGUGAGAAUAAGUAUAUCGUUGAAGUUCUACAAACAACUGCAAGAACACGGAGCAGACGAACUACUAAAACGAGAGUAUGGAGACCUGCUUAUCACACCCGAAGACGGCUACAACGUUUCGGUACUGGUUGACCUCGAGAACAUUUCUGACAACUGGGAGGAAACUGUACGAAAGAUUGGCUUGCUGAAACGGAAUUGCUUUGCUUCCGUGUUUGAGAAAUACUUCGACUUUCAGACGCAGGGCGAAGUGGAAGGACAAAAACGAGCGGUGAUCAAUUACAGGAACGACGAGACGAUGUACGUGGAAGCGAAAUCGGACCGGGUAACCGUCGUCUUUAGUACGAUAUUCCGGGAUGAGGACGAUGUAGUGUUAGGCAAGGUGUUCAUGCAGGAACUGCGGGAAGGCAGAAGAGCAUCACACACGGCGCCUCAAGUGCUGUUCUCGCAUCGGGAACCUCCACUGGAGCUAGCGAACACUGGUGCAAGGGUUGGCGAAAACAUCGGAUACGUUACGUUCGUAUUGUUCCCAAGGCAUACAUCCAAGGAAACCCGUGAUAACACGAUCAAUUUAAUCCACAUGUUCCGUGAUUAUUUGCACUAUCACAUCAAGUGUUCGAAAGCGUACAUUCACUCCAGGAUGCGGGCAAAGACGUCGGAUUUUCUGAAGGUGCUCAACCGUGCUCGUCCCGAGCCGAAAAAUACAGAGAAGAAAACUAUCACUGGCCGAACAUUUAUCAGAAAAGAAUGAAUUUGGAACUCAUCUGACAUCUAGUUGUUAAAUGUGUAAGUAAAUAUUUACUAAUAAUAAAAACAGGAAGAAGAAAACAAGUAAAACGUUCAGCAAUUGGAUAAAAGGGGUUAAACGAACCUGUCCUCGGUCGUCCGCUGUGCAAAUAUUUGGAUAGUAAAACAUUCAAAAAUUGAGAACGAGCAAGUAUAGAUGUGCGAACUGUAAAAACCUAAGCAUUUAAAAGAGUAAAACUAAUGAAAAAGCAUCAAAACGUAAUUCGCAUGCAUUUUGGGACAUCAUUUAGGAACUUUAACAUUAAAAAAAUCUUAAUCGCCGCUGCCAACAAGAAAAGAAUUACAGUUAUUAUAAAGCUAAUUAUAAUAAAAACAUUUUUAAAGAAAUUUAAAUAUUUUAUUAACUAAAGGAACAAAUUGCAAUUAACUUUGAAUGAAUGAAUAAUGGACAGCCACUACUAAACUACUAAAGUAUAGGAAGCAAUUGAACGGGACAAAUGAAAUCUAUAAAUAGAGAAUGUCAUAUAGUGAGUGAGAAAUUGCGGUGACAAUGUUCAGUUAAAAAAAAAUUAGAAACAUCCAGUAACCGAAUGACGCCUAUACAUCAACUAACGCACGGGAUGGCUCCUAGCUCCUGUUUACUCGUGUGCUAUGAAGAGAUCCUAUAGUAAUGUGUCGCACAAUUCCGCGAUUUUGUUAACCCCAAACAUAGGAUACAAGUCCGUAUAACAGCAGAACAAACAAAAAAACAACCCUAUCUAGUGUAAAGCGACUAACGAAAAUGCAUUAUAAGAAACAUACAAAAGUCCUACAUAAAAAUGAUGAAGCGUCACUUUCCAAGAUUGUCAAACUACAGUUCGAAGAAUAGAUCGAGAGUGCGAUCCUCCGAAUAUGCAACUGUUUGGAAAAAAGAAGCAAACACAUUAACACAUUGAAGCAAAAAAAAGUAGCAUUGUUGUUUAUUGUUGCUGAAAUCAUCUAUCUUCAUAUUUCUUUCUGGUUACUGUUCAGUUUGUUAUCACUGUUUCACAUUUCGAAGUACAAUAUUUUUUUUUGGGAAAUUUAACUUCUGUGGAUCUUUUACUAAACCAUUUAUGAUAGAGAUGCAUCGUUUUCGUACUUUCUAGUAGCUUUGGUAUUCCCGAGGAUUGUUCGACUAAUGACUGAUUUUGAAUAAUCAAUGAAUUGCCCAGAAAUUAAAAUCGUAAUAAUGUCAAAGCACUUCGGUGAUAGUUUGCCGGCGAGUGACGUCGUUCAUGAAACCAAUGUUGUUUAUGAGAAAUAGUAGUCAGAUAGUAUGUUCUAUUAAAAAAAUGUGAACUUUAAUCGUGUCCCGUACGAGGAGAACAAGUGUUUCAACGAAAAUUAGCAAACUGGGAAGCUAAAAUAGUCAAAACAAGGUCACACGGCAGGUGCGAUCGGGGUAAAUGCGAUUACGCCUUUUAUAUUCUCUCAUAACUAGGCAAGUUCUAUAGUUCACUCCAACAAGCUCCUAAAGCUUCCGACGUGUUUGGAGUGUACUAUAAAAUUUCAGUCGUUAUUUAGGCAAUAUUCAAGAACACACAUGUCCGUUCGGAGCGUUGCAUGCUUCGACGUGGGCAAAAUAAAAUUGCGACCAUGCGGAAACAAAUUAAAUCUAAUAAAUUGAAACGUGUAAGAUAUAUUGACAGUA